AGGCGUGCCGUUAAGCAGAACUGAAACUUUUUGAAAGAUUUCCUAUAACAUCUUUACAGGAUGGCCAAGUUUUCCACUGCUGCUAUUUUGCUCGUUGUUUGCUGGGUUUCUAUCGAUACAACUAGCGCAGUGAAGUGUUACUCGUGCACAAAUUGUAACGACCCAUUUGACAAGGCUGCAAACUCGGGCAAUACAAUCGAUUGCUCCGCUGGCUGUCAGAAGACCAAGGCUGAGACUUCAGGCGUCCAGAGCGUCGCUCGCACUUGUGCCGUUUCCGGGCAGAGCAAUGGUUGCACGGAGACCUCUAUAGCGGGGGUGACGGGGAGCGUGUGUGUGUGCAGCGGGGAACUUUGCAACGGCAGUGCCACAGUGUCCAGCAGUGUGCUUCUUAUGGGACUGGUCUCCAUCUUCGCAGCAUUCCUCCUCGGAAAGAAGUAACAGAAAGAAAACAGCGGCCUCAGAUAAUCUUCUGCAAUCAACAUUUUUUUUUUUUUUUUUUGUAGUUGGAACGUGAAAUGAAACAAUCGAAGCUUUGCAAACUCUUAUUUUUUCUUUUUAUGCCUCUUAGAAAUACUAAAUGAGUGAUCAUAUUUUUUUGUAAUUUAUAAUAAUAAAUAAUGUUAUUUAUUUCUUAAAAACCGCACUACACUUCCGCCUCAGUGCUGUUUACAAAUAAAAUUAUCAGAACUACAAGUAAUUAUACAAAUACUAAAAGCUGAGGUGAAUAAAACAAUUAAAAUGAUCA